AUGGCGGCCUCCUUGCUGAAGGUUGCAGUUUCAGGUAUUGCAAAGUGUUCACGUCAUGUGGUGCCAGCGCCGAGAACUUACUCAACAUCAAACCCCCUCUGUCAAGGUGUUCCAGGGUCCGUGUGGAAACUCGGCAGGCUAAAUCAUGUUGCUAUUGCAGUACCGGACCUGGAGAAAGCCACAUCCCUGUAUCGGGAUGUGCUCGGUGCUCAGGUGAGCGCUACUGUGCCCUUGCCAGAACAUGGGGUCUAUACAGUCUUUGUGGAGUUGGGAAACACCAAGCUGGAGCUUCUGCACCCACUGGGGGAGAAGAGCCCUAUUGCAGGUUUCUUGCAAAAGAACAAAUCUGGAGGGAUGCAUCACAUAUGCAUUGAGGUGGAUGACAUCAAUGCGGCAAUAGUGGAUUUGAAGGCAAAGAAGAUUAGAACCCUGUCAGAAGAGCCACGGAUAGGGGCCCAUGGAAAGCCUGUCAUGUUCCUCCACCCAAAAGACUGUGAUGGAGUGCUUGUAGAACUUGAACAAGCCUGAA